AUGGGGGGCUGCGGGGCGCGGCGAGGGUCCGCCUGCCUCUGGCUGGCGCUGGCGCUGGCGUGGGGCGGCCCCCGGGGCCCGUGGGUGCUAGCGGCGGAGGGGGAGGCGGGCGCUGAGAGGCCGUGCGGGGCCGAGGGGUGGCCGCAGGCCGCCGGCACCCCGGGCCCGGCCUUCGUGGCCGCGGCGUCGUACCGCGGCCCGGGCAACAACGACACGCGGGGCAACAAGGCGCUGCCCAUCGUGCUGUGGUGGAGCGGCAGCCUCUUCCCGCACUUCCCCGGGGAGACGGAGCGCAUCGACUGCCCGCGGGGCUCCUGCUUGGCCACCCGCAGCCGCCGGGUGGCGCGGCACCGCCGCACCAAGGCGCUCAUCUUCUACGGCACCGACUUCAGGGCCUACGAGGCGCCGCUGCCCCGCCUGCCCCACCAGACGUGGGCCCUCUUCCACGAGGAGUCCCCCAUGAACAACUACCUCCUCUCGCACUCGCCCGGUAUCCAGCUCUUCAACUACACGGCCACCUUCCGCAGGGAGUCCGACUACCCGCUCACGCUGCAGUGGCUGCCCAGCGUCGGCUACCUGCAUGGCCCACCGGUGGCCCUGGCCGAGAAGGACAUGUGGCGGCGGCGGGGCUACGGGCCGGUGCUGUACAUGCAGUCCCACUGCGACGUGCCCUCGGACAGGGACCGCUACGUGCGGGAGCUCAUGAAGUACAUCCAGGUUGACUCUUAUGGGAAGUGCCUGCAUAACCGUGAGCUUCCCAGUGAGCGACUGAAAGACACUUCUACAGCCACUACAGAAGAUUCCGAAUUCAUGGCUUUUAUUGCCAGGUACAAGUUUCACCUGGCCUUGGAGAAUGCCAUAUGUAAUGACUACAUGACAGAAAAGCUGUGGCGUCCAAUGCAUUUGGGAGCUGUCCCAGUAUAUCGAGGCUCCCCGGCUGUACGGGACUGGAUGCCAAACAACCUCUCCAUCAUUCUUAUAGAUGACUUUGAAAGCCCUCAAGAGCUGGCUAAGUAUCUUCAUUUCCUGGAUGAGAAUGGAGAGGAAUACAUGAAGUAUCUAGAGUAUAAAAACCCUGGGGGAAUCAAAAACCAGUUCUUGUUAGAGACGUUGGAGAGGCGGGAGUGGGGUGUGAAUGACAUGACCUUGCCCAACUACCUGAACGGCUUCGAGUGUUUCAUCUGUGACAGGGAGAACGCCCGGAUUAAAGAGGAACAGGAACACAAAAAGUAUCGUGGGAAAGUUCCAGCUCCUAGACCUCAUGUAGCCCAUUUCCAGCACAUGGGAUGCCCUAUGCCAACUCCUGGGUUUGGAAGUGUUGAAGACCUCUCUGGAGGAGACAGUUGGAAAGAGAUGUGGCUGCAGGAUUAUUGGCAAAGCCUGGAUCAGGGUGAGGCCCUCACUGCUAUGAUUCAUCGCAAUGAGUCGCAUCAGGGAAGAUUUUGGGAUUAUAUGCAUGAGAUUUUUCUCAAGAGGACCAGGCAACACUGACCCACCUUUGUAAGAGCUUGAUCUGAAAAUUACAUUGAAAUUUGAGACUGAGAAUUCUUACUUCGCUCCAAAUGUUUGCCUUGAAGUAGGAGAAAAGCCUCCUGCAGACACUAUUUUUCUGGUGCAUGAAGUGAGUAGUUCGCUGUAGUCAUUGGAUUUCAUCUCUGGAGAUGUUAGCAACUGCUUUUAUUUGAAUUUCAGCUUGGUGGUGUGAAGGUGCUCUUGAUGUACAGGUGUCAACAUAAGAGGCAAAAGAAGAAUUUACUCUCAUUUGUGUUUGGUAUAGUUUGUGGCUUCUGUGACUACGGAGGAACGUUUUCAGACUCUGCUCAAAUACCCUAACUUAUUUCAGGGACUUUUUUAUAUCCAAAAUACUCAUAUUUUUUUAAUAAAUAUUUCACCACUUACUCUCCUCAGUAAAGGUGUACUAUUACCUGCUACUAACAAAUACCUUUUCUAUUGAAGGAAUUAUGAAAGACUGAUGUCCUUGGAGAGCAGCUGUGCCUCAUGAAAUUGCAGCAAUAGUCUUUUCUCUCCAAGUAGAUGUGCCUCAAAUGUUCCUACUUUUUCAGGGUAACUGGAUACCUACAGGCAGGUCACUUUCUCUCUGAUAAUUUUGCUAAUUUUCCUAUUUUGCCAACUUUCCAGGUGACACAAAUGGGAUGAGAGACUAAAUUAUUUAACUCACAACUUUCAACCAAGUAUUUGAAAGGUAUUGUGCAGAACCACAGUAGAAUUAGUAUGCUUUGAUUCUUUUAAGUUUCCAUAAAAUCUGACAUCCCAGCUAUAGUCUUGACUUCUUGUUCUCUCCUUAAUGCCAGCAAUUUGGGGGCCUUUGAUUCGUUCUUUUUCGGUAUCUGCAGCUUUCUGCAAAGACAAAAACAUUUUAAUGAUAGUGCCUUUCCAGUAGUCUCUACAGUCUGGAUACAAACCAUGCAGUCUUCCUGUGCUGAGGUGGAUGAUCAGAAUCAAGAGCAGUGAGAUUGUUUUUGCAUCUAUACUUAAUCUUAAAACAUUAUGAUCCUGGCCUGUGACUGGAAUUCCUAAAAGUAAGUGAUGACACGUAAAUCUUCUUUGCUGCAUAGCCUGUAUCUCUUACAAAAAUAAAUAAAAUCCCCUGUUCCCUGGCAUGCUGGUACCUUUCUGAAAAAAAUUGAUUUUGCAUUGAAGUGAGACUAGUUGCCUUAGUGUGAGGGGUUUCAAAUCGCAGGUCACACUGCAGUGAUGUUUCUAAUGAUACAAUAGUAUUUUUUUCCCAUUUCUCCUUCCUCCUCAGAAGUAACUACUGACUAAAUAGCCAGAGUUUAUCCAUGCCUAUGUUAGAAUUUUGGUAACGAAAGUGUAGAAUCCAUGGUGUUAUUUGAUUUUGUAAGGUAGUUCAUGCAUUGCUAGGGCAAGCCUGAAGCCUAUUAGUAAAAGUAGAGAACCAGGCUGCAUCCACAUUCUGUCCCUAAUUAAGUCAUUAUCUGCUGCUUAUCUGUGUAUGGAUCACUUAAUCUCAUUUUUUUUCUCAAAUUCAUAAUAUUCUAGGUAUAGAUACAAUACUAGCAUAGGUAAUGACAUACAUCCCAGUGUGUGCUUCUCAGGUGAUACCACAAUGUUGCAUUGUUAAAAUGUGGGCACUGGGACAGAGCAGACCUACAACUAUUGCUGCAUUCAUGUGGAUGUGGAAAAUGCAUGACUUUUGUAUAAAAUGUGCACCUGACUUUUUUGUAUAGAAUAAGGAGAAAUUUGCUUUUUUUUAAAAUCUCCCUUCUAUAAUAGUAAGAAAUGUCUCUUCAGCCAAAAUGCCUUCACCAGUUUAUAUUCCUUUUUUCAGGUAUUCAGGGUAUAGGAAUACUUAAGUGAAUAUAUCUGAAUUAAUUUUUAAAGUAGAUUACUCAAAUCAGAUUAAGAUUAUAGAUAGGUGUAUUCAGGAUUAAAGUGGUCACAGGGCUUGAGAAGUAAAUUAAGAUAGAACAAGUUAAGGCUGCUUUAGUUCUGAACAGGAAUUUCUACUGAACAGCUUAAUGAGAUCUAAAUAAAUUGUUUGAAUUUGUCUUGAGUUACUUCAGAUUCUCUUUGUUUCACAUAUCUGUACAGAAAAUCAUUCAGGUCCCUUUGACUGUCUUUUUAAUUAGCUAUAUCUCAAAACCCUUUUUUAUCCAAGUUUUGUUGAGAUAGGCAGGAGGAGAAAUUCUGAUCUUGCUUUUUGUAAUAAACAUAAAAAUAACAAAUCCAGGUACUAGCACAUUCUGCUUUUUGCUAUUUUAUCCAAUAAUUUAAGCAGAUUUUCUGGAAGGGGGGGAUGAACAACCAAGUCCAGUUUGUUCUUAAAUUUUUUUUUUCUGCUGUUACCAGAAUUAGACAUAAUGAAUUUAAUGUGUUGUCCUUGCAGGACUAACAGGAGUAGGUAUCAAUAGCAACCAUCUGUGUAUCAUAGCACUUGUUUAGUUCUUGAUUAACGAGGUCCUAUACCCUCACUUCACCUUUCUUCACAGCAAAAUGAGCAUAUUAUUAUCAACUAACAAUAGAAUUGAAGAUACGGUGUACAAACUUAAGAGUAGCUAGCAACCUGGAUAAAAAUCAGAGGCUCUUUGAGACUCUUAUUCAUGAAUUAGUUCAAAACCUUCACCACCAGUAUUCCUUCACCACUGUUUAUUAUCUGUAUUCAGUAUAUUGUAUCCCCCAGUCCAACAAGCUUGUUUCUUUGUUCUACAGUCUUUUUUCCACUGUAUGUAUAUACUACAGAAGGCUGUUGCUUUGAGCUUUGUGACUGUUGCCAAACAUGAGUAUUUCUAAUUGCAACAUUCCUUCCUAACGCUGUUAUAAAAGUAGCACAGAUAUGAAACUAACUUUGUCACAAAUGUUUAUUUAUAUUUUGUCUAAAGCUUUCAAAAUGCCACUUAUAACUUGUUAGUCAGUCAUAAGCCAACUUCAACAGCUUUCUCUUCUGAGUUCUUAAUCACCAUCUUCAUAGAUUUAACUGUUUUUGCAGUCUCACAACUGGUGAACUUCCCAGAAGGUAAUGAAUAUCAGGUACCAAUCUACAGCAGUGACAUUCACCCAAACUGUGUUUCUCUUGUACCUGCAGAGUUUUUACUGAAAUAAUAUAAUAGAUCGUACUACCUGUAUCUUCGCCUAUAUGUCACAAUUAAUGUUUGUGAUUUAUAAAGUGUUUUUUUGUGUAUGCUAGUAUACUAAAUGCAUUUUACUUGUUUUAAGUGGUGGACAAGUAUUAAGGUUAAAAUGCUUCUUCCAGUUUGUAGUAUGAAUAACUUCUGUACCUGCCAGGGAAACCCUUCUGUGGCAGGAGAAGCGCUAAUCUUCCCAGCUGGCUAAAGAGUUGUGGUUGCAGUUCUUUUCCGGGGUGCUGACUGACCUUCACAACCUCUGCUUCUCUGGACAUCAAGGACUACAAAAUGUUGAAUAAUGGUAGUUCUUCCCACCAGGACUCUGCUUUCAUCUCUCUCCUUUUUUUUUGGAGGAAGCAGAAGGAGAAGCUGGGUUUCAUGGCCUUGAAGGGCAUAUGCAUUUUGUUACUGUUCACUUUGCUUGUAGCUUACACCAGUACUGUAAUAAGAAUAUACGCUACCUUACAAAUA